GUCAAUGGGAAAAUAAGGCUAAAUUUCAGGUUGCACUGGUAAAGGUAACUAUAAUAAUAAUUAUUAUUAUUAUUAUUAUUAUUAUUAUUAUUAUUUUAACUGUCUCAUGUUUUGCAGCAUGUUCAAACAGCUGUUAAAGCAAAAGCAAAUGUUUUUUUCUUUUUGUUUUUUUUCUUUUUUUAUUGCAGACUUAUCAACAACAAAACACAGGAUGUGUGUGUGUGUGUGUGUCUGUUGCUCCUGAAAAACAUCUCAGGGCAACAUUUGACAAAAGCAAAAAUAUUCCCUUGAAAUUGUAAAGGGACUCAUGAGAUGUUUUCUUUUACCUUUCUUUUUAAAUGAUAGGUGUAGUCUGGGUUUUCUAGGGAACUCGAUAAAAGAUCUGCUUCCUUCAUGGAGACUUGACUUUUAAAAAGAGUUAUCACGUGACCAACACCUGGGGCAAAGAUCACCUGUCAUUGUUAUUUCUCCCCGCUUAUGUUACUAUUUCACUGACACCCGCGGUACCGAAUAGGUGCCAUUUGUGGCUUUUACUUUGGAGAAAUGGCACCAUCUGUCGGGAUUAUGUGUGUAUUACAACACAUAAACACAAGUGGUGAAAUUGUGCUACUACGUUUAUCCUCCUCUGAUAAUUUAAUUAAUUUUUAAUUUUUUUUGGAGGCUUGAGCUCAUCCCUGCAGACAUUGUGUGAGUUUAGACCCUGAAAAAAAAAUUAACAUUAAUUAAUAUUAAUUAUUAAUUAAUUAUUAAUUUAAUAAUCAUUAAUUAAUUUGACUCACAUUCUUAACUGAACCCAAUUUAAAGUGUCUAACAAACCUAAUCCUCAUCCUAACACCCCAAUCUGGUAUUCUCCUUACUGUAAGGCACGAGCCCUAACCACUCUUCCACCUGACGAAAAUGCACUUAUUAUGUUAUGUUAUUAUUUAUUUUUAAUUUUGUUUCGUUUUUUAUUAUAAAUAAAUAGUUAUCUAUAUGUACUUCAUGGUCGACGGAAUUGGACUGUUUGUUGAAAAUAUUGAUUUCGAUUUAUAUAUAUUAUAUUUAUAUAAAAUAAACAUUGUAAAAUGAAGUUAAUCUGGUGUAGUAAUCAUCGUAUCGCUCUUUUUGUAAAAAUAAAAAAUAUAAAAAAUAAAACAAAAUAAGGGGCAAAAAAGCAGCAUAUAGAUGACAUCACUGCACCUAAAUUAAAUCUGUUUUACGGUGUUCGCAAAAAGAAAGGGUUAGCUCUCAUGCACAUCCAUCCCUGGGUUGUGUAUUUCUCCACGUCACGUGACUGGUUAAUCUGGAGUGUAUUUCCGCGUCCACGGCAGCAGAUCAGACCUGUCAUCACUGACUCCCAGUGCGAGAGUGCGGGCUUUAAACCCAAGCAUCCUCGCUGUUUUCAUCGCCAAAGGCCUCCGGUGUCUGCCGAUGUCUCUCCACCGCCGACGGGAUGAACGGAUUGUUGCAGGAAUAGAUGGAUGACUGAAUGAAACCUGCAUCCGCUGAGGCUCUCCUCCGCUCGUCUCCAUCCAACCCGUCGUCGGCCAGCGCGGUCGAGCUGGGGGGGAAUCCGGGGAAAGGCAGCCGUGGUGCCGCGCAACGGCCGACGGACACGCCGCCGCCUCCGCGACGCACCGCCAACAUGCUGACUCGGGUCAAGUCCGCCGUGGCCGGAUUCAUGGGAGGGAUUAUGGCCGGGGGCAGCUCCGGAGGAGGGGGAAGCCCCGGAUCCGAUCUUCCGCUGAAAUUCCCGUAUAAGAGACCGGAGUUUCUUGGCCUCUCCCCGGAUGAGAUCGAGUGCUCGGCGGACCACAUAGCCCGGCCCAUUCUCAUCCUGAAGGAAACCAGGAGAUUACCGUGGGCCACCGGAUACGCAGAGGUGAUUAACGCAGGUAAGAGUGCACUGAACGAGGACCAGGCGUGCUGCACCGUGGUAGUGGCCAGGAGGAGGCCGAUGAGCUACUGCCCUCAGUCCACGCCCAGUAAAACCCCCACCGCCAAGAGGCGCAGCUCUCUGCCAAAUGGAGAGCCUCUAGGGCUCCACCUGCAGCACAAGCUGGAGGAAGAUAAUGAAGGGGUCGUGUUCCACUACUGGGCCUUGUUUGAUGGUCACGCUGGUUCUGGUGCGGCUGUCGUUGCGUCGCGCCUGCUGCAGCACCACAUCGCCUGUCAGCUCCAGGCCGUGAUCGAGAUUUUGCACAACCCGUCAUCUUACCCCCCCACUGUGCUGGGCGAAGAGCCCGACAGCAACCCCUACCUCCAGGGAAACACCCCCGGCCCUCACCGCUCGCUCACCAGGGCGGCCUCGCUGCGGGGGGCCACAGGGGCGCCCGGUUCGCCCAGCAGCACGCCGCCACCGCCUCGUUUCUUCAUAGAGAAGAAGGUCCAGCACGAAAGCCUGGUGAUUGGUGCUAUAGAGAACGCCUUCAAAGAAAUGGUGAGGCUCAUAUUGAGGGAGAAACAAGUUUACAACAUCUCAGGAGGAUGUACGGCCCUCACUGUGGUCUACCUGCUGGGGAAACUCUAUGUGGGGAACGCAGGUGACAGCAGGGCUGUCAUUAUUAGAAACAACGAGAUCAUCCCCGUGUCAACAGAGUUCACGCCGGAGUCAGAGCGACAGCGACUUCAGUUCUUGGGUUUCAUGCAGCCCCACCUGUUAGGGAACGAGUUCACGCACCUGGAAUUUCCCAGGAGAGUUCAGAGAAAGGAGGUGGGCAAGAGGAUGCUCUACAGAGACUUCACCAUGAACGGCUGGGCUUACAAGACCCUCGAAGACGAAGACCUCAAGUUCCCGCUGGUAUACGGCGAAGGGAAAAAGGCUCGGGUGUUGGCCACUAUCGGCGUAACUCGCGGACUCGGUGACCAUGAUCUUAAGGUUCAUGAUUCCAACAUUUACAUCAAGCCGUUCCUUUCCUGUUGCCCAGAGGUAAAAGUGUACAACCUGAUGCAGUACGAGCACGGGGCGGACGAUGUUCUAGUGAUGGCAACUGACGGCCUGUGGGAUGUCCUGUCCAAUCAGGAAGUAGCUGAAGCAGUUACCAGUUUUCUAGCCAACUGUGACCCUGAUGAUCUGCACAGAUAUACAAUGGCAGCACAGGACCUGGUGAUGCGAGCCCGCGGCGUGCUGAGGGACAGAGGCUGGAGGAUCACCAACGAGCGUCUGGGCUCAGGAGAUGAUAUUUCUGUUUUCAUCAUCCCACUGAUGUACGGAAACCGCCAGCCCUGAGGAGCUGACUGACUGAGACGCUGCCGUUCAAAGACUCUGGAGAACCUGAAGGCACUUAAACCAACAGGACUGGUUAGUCCUGAACUCAGAUUCCUCUUUCAGUCUAGUACUUUCCACUGUGCUGUUGGUACUUAUAUUUCCUGGUACAUGUAGAUGUUCUUUCUGGGUUUCUCCACGGGGGUUCAGGUGUGAUCUGAACCACCAACUGGUCUAACUUACUCUGACGCUUUUUCUUCCUUAAAUGAAAUUGUUGAAGCACUUAUACAGGAUGGAUGAGGUGACUGCUCCUAUACUCAACGUGUCUUCUUUCUACCGUUUCUUCAAGGUUCUCUCGUUCUCCCGUCCCGAUGUACAGUUAAGCUAGUAUAUUCUAGAAUAUUACCUCCUUCAUCUUCUGACCCUAGACGGCGUUCACUGGUCAGGGGCGUUUUGAGUUUUGCCACAGUGUGGCUGUAAAGGAUUUUUCUCUUUGCUUGAACUUUUUUUUUUUUUUUUAAAUCCACUUUGUUGAACAGAUUGUGUGCAGAAGGAAAAAAAAGAUGAAGCUGUCGACGAUCUGUAGUAGCAAGACAGAUGUAGAAUGUGUUUUACUGGUGAAAUAGAAGAAAUAGAGCAGAAUCUGAAGGUUUGAAGGUUCACAGAGGAAGCCUAGUUGAUGUGUAAUGAUCGAAGAGAGAGAGAGAGAGAGAGAGAGAGAGAGGCGCCAUAUGUUUAUCACGAGAAGAAAAAAACCCACAGGUACAAGUCCUUUAAUCUGAUAUUAAACCCAUACACAUAGAUUAGACUUUUUUAGUGUUUCUAACAGUAAUUUUUGGAGGCAGGCUAAAGGAUACUUUUAGCUCACUGCAGCUCAGCAGGACAAAGCAGCAACAGCUGGCAACCCAAAGUUGGACGUUAUCGUGCCAAAGGUCGUCAGCUGCCAAAAGCUCUGAGGGCUAGGGUAGUUCACUGCUCGGAGGAAGGAAAUGUGUUGCUAAGUAUUGGGUUCCUUCGAUAGACACUAUAAGGUAAGGUUCUGCCCUAAUUUAGCUAGGUGGUUUCCCAAUGUUUGGUAGCGACCUAGCUAGUUGGCCUUUUAGCUGUCCAAUUGUAGGUAGCUAGCCGACCAUAUGUAGGUGCUAAACUCUCCAAAACGUAGCUAACUGGUACAGCAGCUCUGACCAAAGGACGCUUAUCGCUGCUCGAUUAAAGAACAAUAAAAAGCUACUUAUAAUGUUGAGUACGUUCCUGAGAUGACAAUCCUCGUGGUUUCAAAAGUAGCCAGGCUAACACGUUGUUCUGCUUUUUAUCGUUUGCUAAGCUAAAAGGCUUUUUGCCUAGCUUUGCAAAGCUUAGUAUGUUCCGAGGUCCAAUCACAGCUUGUGACGACAAUUAGAGGAGCUAAUGUGAAGAGUUUUUUUUUUAUUAUUUAACCAUGAAAUAGUCAAUUCAAGCUACAUUUAUAAUAAAAGAAAAACUCAGAAAAGGGAAUUUUUACUGUUAGGCUAAAUGACUUGUACUGCAGUGGAGCUGCACUUUAUUUAAGGCCGACCCACGUUUCCCCCAGAGAGGUCGGGGUAUUGAGGAAAUUCCCUGCAGCAGGGAAAGAUUAAGUAAAACAAUAAUCAUCAUUCGAUCAAUCAAUCAAUCAAUCAAUCAAACUGCGUGAACCUUUAAAAUAAUCAGCUGAAAUCUCCCUUUUGUUUGAGCUUGUUCUGCAUGUUUCCUAAACUGUAGUCGUGACAGAGUUGUCUUUGCAGAGAGACGUUUGGAAACAACGACGUACCGUGUUUGGAUGUAGUUAUUUACUUACUGUGUGUCAGUGCAUGCAGUGAUUUAUCAUAGGCCUGGGAAUAAGAAUGACGGUGCAAUGGUUGACAUGCAUUUUGGGUUUUUUUUGUUUGUUUUUUUCUCUAAUGGAUUGAAUCUACAGUGCUGUUAUGUACAGUAUAAAAAGCGGUGUAGUGUUUGUAAAUGUGUUGUAACCAUGCAUAUAUUUAUCGCUAGGCAGUUGGGUUUUUUUUCCACUUCGAUAAUUACGGCUUGACAUUUAGUGACGUCACUGGAUGUGAGUCACUGCUGGGGACGAUAAUGAAAACAAAUCUGAAAUGCUUUAAGACCAAUGGAAAACCAAAAUAAUGUUUUGCUGUCGUGUUUUUGACUGAUCUGGAGUUAUAAGGAGUAGUGAGCAUUAACUGGCAGCCCGCGGGCCAAAUCUGGCCCAUAGAGCCGUCCAAUCCGAUUUCAAAAUAAAUAUCAGAUAAUAAUGGCCAAAAUGUUUCAAUUUGUAAAAUUUAAUUUAAUUUGAAUGUACUGAAAAAUUCUGGCCCUCUGAGAAAUAUAGUUGGUAACGCUUUCUCUAAAGUCUUGAGAUAACUUUUUUUCUGAGCGCAUCAAAUGAAGAAUUUUGCUGAAGGAACAAAUCCGUUGAAAUAUCGCUGAUUGGUUUCAGGGUUUAAAUACUAUUUUUCAGCAAACCGUUUAGCCAGCUGUGAAAUGUGUCUCCUUCGUUUUACCCAUCCAUGAAACAAGAGCAGACGGUUUGCAGAACAGGAAAGUUCUCAACACGUCACUGUCCAGGAUGGGAUUUAAACCGGCAAUCGUCUGAUGUUCUACUUGGCCAAAAAAAAAAAAAA